GAAAAGAUGGCUCCCAUCUAGCUACAUCUGCACCUCUUCUUGCUUCUACUUUGGUGCAUUAAAUCGAAGCUGUCAUGGAGAAGAAGAGCAGGCAACUGACCCCAGAGCAAGAUGCCCUGGAGCACAUACUUGCUUGUAGAGAUAAACACUUUCUGAAGGAAAGGGUUGUAGACUCCUUUAAAGGGAGAGGAUUGUUCACCUACAAGGCCAUUGAACCAUCCACAUUUGUUGUUGAGUAUCGGGGGAAUGUCUUUUGUCAUAAAGACACAAUGCCGACAAUGGAAUGUAGUUAUAAUCUGAACAAGUAUUUGUUUGAGUUUUCAUGGGAAGGAGCACAGUGGUGUGUCGAUGCCUCAAAUGAGGACGGGGCCCUUGGACGACUCGUGAAUGACGAUCACACAAGUCCCAACUGUGAAAUUAAGACAAUGGUCUAUGAGGGAAAACCACACUUGUGCCUGUUUGCAGUGACAGAAAUAUCUCCUGGCGAGGAGAUUACUUACAACUACGGGGACUGUUCUUACCCGUGGCGCUCCGGGGCGUCCUUUGAUGGAUCCAGUACUUCAUACUCAGACUUGUAUGCUACUGCAUCAACACCAAGGACUGUAAGGUGUGAGUACCGGUCACCUUCCGGCUUUAAAAAUUCCUGCUCUGAUGAUGACAAGGAAGUACCCGACAGUGGAGCAAGUCAUGGCAAUUAUGGUUUAAUCGAUAUCAACAGUCAAAUCGACUUCAGCGACAAUUCACCUUUGGCAGAUUUCGGCUCUUCUAAAGAGAUGACGGGGACCUUAAUGCAGCAACCAGACGAUACCUCACACAACCGGUGGGAAGACGAGGCUGCUUCAGGAACUGAUGAAGUAUACAGACCCAGCGAGGCCAUACCAAAACCCAAACAGACUAGCCCCAAAAAUUAUUGUUACAUUUGCGGGAAAAGCUUUUCUAAAGUUAUUCGUCAUCUUUUAAUACAUUCUGAGGAAGUGCCUGAAAUCGCAGAAGCCUUUGCAUUACCCGUAGCCUCCAAGGAACGAAAAAGGAUAAUGAACGAAUUACGUAACAGGGGAAAUUACCAACAUAAUCUAGAAGUGUUGAAGAACAACAGCGGAGAGUUAAAACUGAGGAGGCGAUCAAAAGUCACGGCGGUCAGUGCUAAAACGUUUUCCCACUGUCUACAUUGUAAAGGCAUGUUUGGACGUAAGGAUAUAUGGAGGCAUGUGUCCAGAUGUCCUUCUAAGACAAAGUCGGACACUGCAACAGGCGGAAGGACGCGAGUCUUAGGCGAGAUUGCUCUUGCAGAGUCACCAUUUUGCAAAGAACUUCCGUCCGACGUGCGGAAGAUGUUCUCAAGUAUGAAAGCAGAUGAGAUUGCAUCUGCGGUCCAAAAUGAUUUCCUUCUAAUGCAGCUGGCGCGGUACCUAUGCAAUAAGUACAGAGAUCAUCCGAGCAAGCAAGAGUACAUCAGACAGCAGCUGCGAGAAAUGGGAAGGCUUUUGUUAGCACUUCGCAAAAUGUCAAUAUUUAGCAUCAAAAAUGCUAUCAGACCCAAACACUUCUACAAGGUAGUUGAGGCAGUCAAAGACGUCACCGGUUUCAAUGAAAAGAUGCGGAGCUACAACAAGCCCAGUUUGGCUUUGAAGUUGGGACAUUCACUGAAGAAAAUGUGCGGAAUUGUCCUCACCGGAGUCGAUUGCAGUGACGAGAUGAUAAGGGACACAAAGACGUUCGUGAAACUGUGUGACAGAGAAUGGUCUCGGCUCGUCUCCCACUCGGCCCUCGCUUCGCUGGGCGGACGGAAAUUAAGCAACCCGUCCACCAUACCGUUCACGCGUGAUGUUCAGGCGUUCUACAGGUACCUGGAAGCAACAUCCGCUUCUGCCAUCGAAGGCCUGGAGAAGCAUGAAAACCUGGAGGUCUACAAAGCACUUUGCAGAGUGACUCUUGCACAGGUGUCGGUCCUAAGCAAAUGUGAAUCGGAGGUCUCCAAAAUGACACUGAAGACAUUCCAGCAGAGAGAAGACUCCACGCAAGUGUUGUCCAAGCACUUCAUCAGGAUAAACAUUCAGAGCAGGUCCGGCCAAAACGUCGCUAUUCUGCUGACCUCUGAACUCGUCAACGCAAUAACUCUGCUCGUGAGCAAGAGGGAGGUGUGCGGCGUACACAAAGACAACCCUUUCUUGUUCGCAAAGCCAAACUCGUCUCCCACGAGCCUCUUCCACGGAGAAAACUGCAUCAGGGUUUUUUCUAGUCUGUGUCAAUUAAAGAACCCAGAGCAUUUCCGGCCAAUGCAUCUCCACAAGCACAUCGCGAGAGUCUUCCAGAUUCUCAACCUGGAGAACGACGAGCUCGAUCACCUGGCUAAACUGUUGGGCCAUAACAUCCGGGCUGACAGGGACUAUUAUCGGCGGCCGGAGGCAGCUGUGGAACUUGCCAAAAUUUCAAAACUUCUCCUGGCAAUGGAAAAAGGUUCUCUUGAAAAAUUCAAAGGACACUCUCUGGAGGAAAUGGAGAUUGAGGAUGAAUUGGAGCCAGAUGUGGAGCAGGGCAACCCUGAAAACCACGAUGCUGAGGAGGACGAUGAAGAAUCAGAUCUUUUACUGCAGCAGAGCGAUGCUGCAGAACAAGAAGACUUGCAACUGACUCCUGAGCAGGAUGCCGUGGAGCACAUAAAGGCUCACCGAGACAAACCCUUCCUGGAGGAAAGGCUGAUGGACCCCUAUAAAGGGAGAGGUGUGUUUACCCGUGAAUCCAUUGAAGCGUCCGCCUUUGUUGUUGAGUAUCAGGGGAAAAUCUUCUCCCCCAAAGAUACCAGGAGAAAAAAGGAUGGCGACACUCUGAAUGACUAUUUGUUUGACUUCUCGUGGGAUGGAAGAAGCUGGCGCGUUGAUGCUGCGGACGAUGACGAGACCCUUGGACGACUUGUAAAUGAUAAUCACAUAAGUCCCAACUGUGAGAUGAAGAAAGUUGUCUAUGAGGGAAAACCACACUUGUGCCUUUUUGCAAUGACAGAAAUAUCUCCAGACGAGGAAAUCACCUACAACUACGGGGACUGCGCUUACCCGUGGCGCUCUGGGGAACGCAGUGAGGACCUGAACGCAUCACGAGGAGACCUAAAUGCCGCUGCAUUUUCACCGCAGUGUGAACGUGCUGAUGAAGAAGACAACGUACCUUCUGGAAGGGGCAACGACGAGCUGAUGUUUGAGCAGCAACCCAUCGACGCCUCAUGGAUCAAGCAGGAGGUCGAGUCUGACUACACUCCUGAUGACUUUACCUCUGAUGAAGAGGUCAACGACCACUACCUCACCAACAAAAAUUACUGUUACGUUUGCGGGCAACCGCAGUCCAAAAUUUCCCGUCACCUUUUAACACAUAGAAAUGAAGAGCCCGAUAUCGCUGCGAUAUUGAAGAUACGCAAGAAUUCGAAAGAGCGAAAACGGUACCUGGAGAUGUUACGAAGCAGGGGGAAUAACCGGCACAAUCAAGAGGUUCUGCAGACUCGCUGCGGAGAGCUGAAAGUGAAAAGAAUAAACUCAAACGUGCUCACCACUGCGAAAGCAUUCGCGACCUGUCUGUAUUGUAAAAGCAUGCUCUAUCGUAAGGAACUGUGGCGGCACAUGCGGAGGUGUCCGACCAAGAUGCUCUCCAAACCUCCAUCGGUGAAGACUAGAGUCUUAAAUCUGGUUGCUGCUGCGGAGUCAAACCCCCAAAACCUCUCACUGGAUGUGAGGACGAUGUUGAGCUCACUGAAGAAAGAUGAGAUCUCAGCCGCGGUCUUGAACGACUCCUUGUUACUGCGGCUGGCACAGUGCGUGUACCCCAGGAGAGACACGCAAGCCAACAAUUUGGAAUUGAUCAAACUCAGGCUGAGGCACAUGGGACGGCUCCUGUUGGCGUUGAGGAAGAAGUCGAUGUGUAGCUUCGAAGACGCCGUGAAACUUCAAAACUUCGGCAAAGUUGUCGAAGCCGUGAGAGAGAUCGCCGGCUACAACGAGAAGACAAAGUCCUGCGAGAAACCAAGCUUCCUGAGGAUUAUGGGGAAUUCGCUCAAGAAAAUCAGCGAGAUCAACUUUGCCAGAGCUUGGCAAGAGAACGCCGGCAGCAAGGCGAUAAACGAUGCGGAUACUUUCAUGAAGUUGUGCGCGAAAGAAUGGGCCGCCGUCCGUCCGUCGGAAUCGAAGGGCAACACGCCGACCGCACCGUUCAUACGCGACGUGCAGCUUCUACAUCGGUGCAUGGAGAAGACCGCAGCGUCGGCGGUGGAAAGCCUGACGCUGUACGGAAGCCCUCCGGUCUACAGCGCGCUUCUCAGGGUGACCGCGGCGCAGGUGUUCGUCUUGAACAGGAACAUCGCCCAAGUUUCACGCGCAACGCUCGAGUCGUUCGAAAAGGGGAUCCGGGCCGACCUUCAGGAUCGCGACCCCGCCGCCGGCGGCGGCCGGUCGCCGUUGGAGCAAAUCCUUUCCGAAGCCACAGUGAGGAUCAACCUGGAGAGCAACAGGGGCCAAAAGGUGACCGUGGCGUUGACCCCUGAACUGCUCGCUGCCAUAACGCUGCUCGUGAGCAAGAGAGGAGAAUGCUGCGUGCAUAAAAACAACCCCUUCUUAUUCGGGGUCCCGGAGGCCUCGUGCACGAGCGUCUACCACGGACACCGGUGCACCCUCACCUACGUGACUCGCUGCGGCGCGAAGAACAAGGCGCCGCUGCGCUCGCUGUAUUUCCUCAGGCACAUUGAGAGAUUUUUCCAGAUUCUCGGCCUCACGGGCGACAAUCUGGAGCGGCUGGCCAAGCUUGUGGGGCGGGACCUUCCGACCGACAGGGAGUAUUACCGGACUCCGGAGGCGGCCGGCGACAUUGCAAAAAUCUCUGAGUUGCUGUCGGCGCUGCAGGACGGAUCUCUGAAGCGGCUCGAAGGGAAAUCUUUCGAAGAAAUUGAGAUUCCAGAUGAAUUGGAGCCGGAUUUUGAGCAGGACAACCGUGUGAAAGGUGACGCUGAGGAGGACAAUGGAGAACCCGAAAGCACUUCUCCCAUAACCAAAAGAAAAGCUCGAGGGUCUUUGUCUAAGAAACGUCGCCGAGGCCGGAGGAAGAGGCAAGAGACUGAGACGGAGGAAUCUGAGCUGGACGAGGAGGCGCAACACGAAGAGGCGACUUCCGAGAAGGAGGAACCGCCUCCGAGCCGCGCUGUCGACGCACCGGAGGGAACGCCGACUCGAGGCAAUGAAGACACGACACGCGUGUCCUUCAGCGAUGGCGACGAAGAUAUGAACGUGGACUUUGACGCGGACACGGAUGAGGAUGUCAGGAACGAGGGAUAUGAAGGAGAUGGUGACCCGAGCGGUUCAGCAGCAACGCCUCGGACACCGGAGGUGACGGAGCAGGACAACGGCAGCCGUGAUGCUUGGAAGGAGGACGGCUCGCCCGACCAGAGCCCCGGUGUCCCGGACUGCGAAGAGACCAUGGACACCGACACAGAGAACAGUGUGGAGGAAGAAGAUCAAAUGCAUCUGGGGGCUCCAGUGGAAGAAAAGAAGAAAUCAUCAGCUGCUGUGACUGGAAUGAAAGAAGUGAAGAUAUUAAUCCCCAAAUUGGACAUUGAGAAGUUUCUGGCUCCGGUCCAGGUGUCGCAGUUAUCGUCCCAGUUAUCGUCCCAGUUAUCGUCCCAGUGUAACACUGUCGGGUCGCCGCCCAUCCAAGAUGACGGCCGUAGUCGAACAUCCUCAAGAUUCACGAAAUGCAAAGACAAGCCGAGCGACGCAAAGGCGACGGAGAUGAACUGCUCCCGCUGCAGGAAGACCAUGAGGAAGGGCCAGACGGCCUUCCAGAAGAAAGGCUUCACGGACAUCUUCUGCUCCAAAAGCUGCCUCUUCGAAAUGUUCCCCGUCAACAAACCGGUCCCCAAGACGUGCCACCGCUGCCUCAAGGCCAUCGCUCAGCCUCUGGACCUCAUCAUGGCUGCAGUGGACGUCAAGGGGACCAUGAAGGACUUCUGCAGCCCCGCCUGUCUGCUGUCCUUCAAGUCCGACGCCGUGUCCACCCAGGCGCCCCGGCGGCUCUGCAGCCGGUGCAACGCCGCCUGCACGACCAUGUGCCAGUUGACUCUGAACGAAUCCGUCCACACGUUCUGCGGCAACUCCUGCCUGGGCGACUUCCGCAGGGACAACAUGGCCGACUGCGAGCACUGCGGCGCCACUUUUUGCCACGAACCGCUGAAGCUGAAGCUCGAGGAGGACAAGACCGUCUGCAGCCAGGAAUGUCUGGACCAGCUCAAAGAGAGUAUCUUGACGCCCCACCUGUGCACCAUGUGCCCCGCGUCUCUGCCGGUUUCGGACAUGGUGGCUUUGAAAAGCGGCGAGAACGUGGUGCGGCUCUUCUGCACCAGGUUCUGCGUGACGUCCUACAAGCUGCGGCCCGCCGGCGGACUGGACUUUCUAGAGGAGUCGAAGAAGAAGAAAAGAGCCAAGCAAACGAGGCAAAACGUGUCUGCUCAUCCCGACGUCACGCCAGUCACCAAGAGCUGCUACAACUGCUUCCAGGUGAUCGAGCGGCCUUGCAGCGUGAUCCUGGCUCCGGUGGACGACUCUGGAGCGAUGAGGGAACUGUGCGGCGACGCCUGCCUCGCUUCCGUCAACUCCAAGAGGAACGCAGCCGCCGCCGCCAAACACCCGGCUCCAGACCUCCGCUCAAAGUGCAGGAUGUGCGCCAAGUUUUGCAAUUGCAAAUUCCACACGCAGCGGCUGUGCAGCGACGCCUGCUUCCUCCACUACCACCGGCUCAGCAAGCUGCCGGUGGUCACCUGCUGCGUCUGCGGCCCCGUCGGCCUCGACGCGCGCUACACGCUGAAGGCGGAGGACGGCGGCAAGACGCUCUGCAGCGAGGAAUGUCUGGUCAAGUUCAAAGAGGGAGUGGAGGCGUCUCGCCCGUGCCCCAUGUGCCGGACGCCCCACCGGUUGUCAGACAUGGUGGAAAAUAAAAACAACGAGGGCACGUUGGACUUCUUCUGCAGCAUCAGAUGCAUGCUGGUGCACAACGCUCAGUCCUCCACCGUGUCAGAAAUGAAGAGCGCAGCGUCUGAAGAGAUGGACGUCAAGGAAGUGAAGCCAGCGCUGCCGUAUCUGCCCUGUAUCAAAGAAGAGCCCGUUGACGAGGAGUACGACCAGAAUCUCUCCAUUUGCACAGAGGGCAUCAAAGAUGAGCUGAAGGCAGAAGAUGACCUGGCGAAGGAGGACUUGAAGAUCGGUUCGGUCUUCUCCGUGACGGCGGACUCCUCCACGUCUCCGGCGCCCACCGGCGCCCGCCUGAACCCGUUGGCGUGCUCCAACUGCAAACGCCUCCUGGUGGAAGGAGACAGCGGCUACCAGAGGAAGGGCCAUGCCGACAUCUUCUGCGCCAUCCCCUGCCUGCUGAGGUUCUACCAGGCGAAGCCAGUCAACAAGUCCUGCCACUACUGCCUCCAGGAGAUCACGCAGCCUCAGGGCGCCGUCCAGGCCCCGGUGGACGACGCGGGCACGGCGAAGGACUUCUGCAGCGCCGCCUGCCUGUCGUCCUCCCACUACAUGAGCAUCGCGUCCACCAAAAUGCCCCUGGUGCCCGUGGCGCCGCAGUCUCAAUGCAGCAUGUGCAGAAGAUAUUGCAUCAUGACAGGAUAUAAAGUAAGCAAACGGGAGGUCAUCCAGCAGGAAGUCGUCCACAAGAUCUGCAGCGACCCGUGUUUCCUCCGCUUCUGCGCCCUGAACAAGUUGUCCGUCUGCGAGAACUGCCGCUCCGGCUGCGACGCGCCGCUCGCGCUCAAGACGGCCGACGGCAGCAAGAAGCUGUGCGGCGCCGAGUGUCUGGCCCAAUUCAAACAGAAAAUCAAAGCGCCGCAGCCGUGCGCCAUGUGCCGCGCCUCCCGCUCAAUGGCGGACAUGUUGGAGAACAAGACCGGCGAGGACGCCGUGGAGCUCUUCUGCUCCAGCAGCUGUGUGAUGGCCUUCAAGAUCCAGGCCAUGAGCGCGUCAGGUGCUCCGUUGGCGUGUGACCAAUGUGGUCAGACCACGUUACCGGCCUGCCACCUCGCCAUGGCAGACGCCUCCCUCACAAACUUUUGCACUCUAACCUGUGCCAUGUCCUUUAAGGAGAACCAGAAAUACACGAAUGCGUCCGCGAGCUGCAGAGCAGAGCAGAGCCAACGCGACCUCCUCAAACCGCCCGAGAAGCUGCCAUGCGCCCAGUGUCGGCGCUUUAUAAAGGCGACGCCCAAAGUCAUCCAGAAACAGGACCAGAUCCAUUUUGUGUGUAGCCUGGCCUGUUCUCAAAAGUUUAAAACGGACAACAACAUCACGGCUAAGUGUGAAUACUGCGAGAAUGAAAAGAUCAUGAGAGACGUGAAGAAGGUCGAAGGCAAAGUGUGCUUCUUCUGCAGCAACAGCUGCAAGAUGCUCUUUCGCCAGGAGCUGAAGCAGGAGUGGGGGGAGCACUGCGGCUCGUGUGCGUACUGCCUGAGCGUCUCCAAGACGCGCGUCACGGCGAAGUACGAAGGCACCACCCGGGAGUUCUGCUCGGAGGACUGCAGCCUGAACUACAACAUGCUGCUCAGCCGCGUGGCACCGUGUGACACCUGCGGUCACCACGGGAAGCUGAGGCAGAGUCUCCCCAUGCAGGGCGAGGUCAAGCACUUCUGCUUCCUGAGGUGUCUCCUCCACUUCUGCAAUCAAAAGGUCCAGACGGUCCACACCGUGUCUCCUCCUCCUAGCUCUUCAGAGACAGUGGAUUCCUCCUCUCCCAUCAUCGCUAACGUCAUGUCGCUGGCUAGCGCUCUGGCUAAACACCGCAGAGCCUCUGCCAAGGAUACACAGCUCGUGUCUCCUCCUCCUAGCUCUUCAGAGACUGUGGAGACCUCCUCGCCCAUCAUCGCUAACGUCAUGUCGCUCGCUAGCGCGUUGGCUAAGUACCGCAGUGCCUCCGCCAAGGAUACACAGCUCGACUCGAGUCAUGUCUCCACAGACUCUGAGCCGGACAUUCAAAUAAAGGUCGUUGGACAUGCCGGAGUUCAAACGGUCUCCAGGGAGCUGAAGAACAAGUCGGUUCUGUGCACCCCGCUGGUCCACAACAAAGGCGUCUCCUGUGCGCCGCAGACCGUCGACACCGAGACACAGACAGACACCGUUGGCCCUAAAGUCAUCGUGCUGCCCAUCCCAGUGCCGCUGUACGUUCCUCUGCCCAUGAGCAUGUACAGCCAGUACACACCGGUGCCGCUGUGCCUGCCCCUACCGCUGCCGGUGCCGGUGUUCCUUCCCACCCCGACCGUGAACCCGGCGGAGGAAGAGCUCGGCUUCACGUCCGAGAUGAAGAGCGCGGGCGGAGCGACGACGCGGGGACGAAGACCAGAGAGCCCGGCGCCGUCGGACCACGGCAGAAACUGGAGCGAUGACUUGGAUUCAGACCGUCGGCCCACGUUCAGAACCCAGGACGACUCUUCCUCUGACGCCAGCCGACCACACACCCUCGAAGAAACGCGUCCAGCUCCUCCUCUUACUCCUCUGGAGACGAGCGGGGAUCCCUCGAGAUCGCCGGGCCGACCACACACCCACAAUGAACCAGCUCCUCCUCCUCCUCCGGAGAAGAGCGGGGAUCCCUCCAGCCCGCCGGGCCCUGAGUCGGCCCCUCCUCCCUCACAACACGCCUCGGGGAAAGUCCACAACAAGAACAAGGCUCCUCGACCGCAGCGCUCGCCCCGAGCGGCUCCGGAGGAGGCCGCGUCGAGGAGGCGCCGCAAACUGAAGAGUCAGUGUGGCGUCGACGCCUGGAAGCGAUGGAGCCGGUGGAGGGAAACGCAAACACACCUCCUCCCCUACAAAGAUGUCCUCCGCUGCUCCGCCAGCGAGCUGAGCGACGGCCUCCGCUGCUUCAUCGGAGAAGUGAAGCGACCGGACGGAGCGCCGUACUCCCCCGACCACCUGUUCUACCUGUGUCUGGGCAUUCAGCAGCACCUGUUCGAUAACGGCCGUCUGGAGAACAUCUUCAGCGAUCUGACCUACAACAAGUUCGUCACCAGAUUCACCAGGAUGCUCAAGACCUCCAAACCCUCGACUGCAGGCGGAGGUUACAUCCACUCCCGAGUGGAGGAGGGCUUCCUGUGGGACUGCAAGCAGCUGGGCGCGUACUCCCCCAUCGUGCUGCUCAACACGCUGCUCUUCUUCUGCUGCAAGUACUUUGGCUUCACCACGGUGGAGCAGCACCGCCAGCUGUCCUUCGCCCACGUCAUGCGCUGCACCAAGACCGACCCCGACAACACCAAGACCACCUUCCUGCGCCUCCACCCGCCGACCCCCACGGACCGGGCAGAGACGGACGGAGUUCCUGCCAAGAAGCGUAAGCGAGACCGGAGUAAGCAGAAGGUUCUGGAGAUGACGGAGAACACGGAGAACCCUCUGCGCUGCCCGGUCCGCCUCUACGAGUUCUACCUCUCCAAGUGCGCGGUGCGGCCGCGCCCCGACCGGUUCUACCUGCUGCCGGCCCGCGGCUGCGUGUCCAGCAGCGCCGUGUGGUUCUGCUGCGCCCCGCUGGACGCCGGCACCAUGGAGGCCAUGCUGGUCCGGAUCAUGGCCCUCCGAGAGCUGCGGGAUCCGGAUGGAGGAGCCGCGCCCCGACAGGAGGAAGAGGAGGAGGAGGAGGAGGAGCAAUGACAAUGGACAUGUUUCUUCUUCUUUUUGUUCUUUUCUUCUGAGAGAACUGUUAAAUUUUGUCUUUUUAAGGAUUUGUACAAAGGGAAAUACAUUCCGCUUGAUUGAGAUCGGAUAUUUAAAUGUU